GAUACGUGUUUUCAGGUACCAAAACUCUACUAAAAUCCAAAAUUAGUUUUCUGCAUUCUUUUCAAAAAGAAAAUCGAGUCAAGUGCGGUUCGUUGGUUCGCUGCGUUUGAUGGUUUCCGGGGUUUGAGGUACCGCUACGCCGGAAAAUGUACGUCCUUCCUAUCCUGGGAGGAAUCAUUCCAUAACCUUGGGUACUAGAGCGGAAUAAGAUUCCUUAAGGAGAGACAGUAAAUUCUGUCUGCUAGGACGCUUGCAUAUGUAUUUGCAUGAUUUCGUGAUCUUAUAUGUUUCUUGUGUUGAUUACAUAAUCUUAAUUUGUUACUUGUUCUAAAAAAAACUAUAUACAUGAACAAUUUCCACAACACUUCCUUCUCCUCGUCGGAUCUCCCCUUAUCCCCCUUCAGGUCCAAGUCGGCCACGCCGUCCACAAGGCCGUCCCACAAAAAAGUUCAAUUUCUUCUCAUUCUUUUAUUUUUUUCGCUCAGGCAUUUCGUCGUCGUUUUCAAUUUGUUGCUGUUGUUGUUGUGGGCUUUGUGAAUGCACCAAGCGUCGACGGCAAAGUACAUCUUGCAUCAGUACAUAGCGGCGACGGGAGGUCAGCCGGCGCUGAACACGGUGGGAGGUGAAGAUCAGCGCGUCGGAGUUUCAUCAAGGGGACCAGACCAUCAACGUGUGAAGAACACAGAGGAAGCCGGCGGGUUCGUGCUGUGGCAAAAAGAUCCGGACCUGUGGAUCUUAAAGCUGGUGGUUUCCGGGUGUAAAGUCAUCUGCGGAAGCAACGGGAAGCUCUCCUGGCGGCAUUCUUCCAACCAGCAAACCCCAAUUUCCAGAUGAUAAGAAAAACAAAGAUACGAAACACCCAAGAAAAGCAGGGCAGCACUAUUAGCCUACUCUUCAAAUACAGCCGGGGGUUCUGC